CUCAAUAAGCAUAGAUAUCGAGCUUGACUGCACCCUCGCUCGACGGACACAGUAGAGAUGGAGCAGGAGCACGAAGAGCAUGAAGUGUACGGAGGCGAUAUUCCCGACGAGGCGGAGAUGGACGCAGAUUUCAGAGUUGAAGAAGAAGAAGAACAGGAAGGACACCAACAUGACCCCAAUAACUCUAAUAAGGACUUGGAGGACAUGAAGAAGAGGCUCAAGGAGAUUGAGGAAGAAGCUAGUGCCCUUCGUGAAAUGCAGGCUAAGGUUGAGAAAGAGAUGGGUGCUGUUCAAGAUUCGACUGGUUCUUCUGCGAGUCAAGCUGAGAAGGAGGAAGUGGAUUCCCGGUCAAUCUAUGUUGGUAAUGUUGACUAUGGAUGUACGCCUGAAGAAGUCCAGCAACAUUUUCAGUCUUGUGGAACAGUGAACAGAGUGACGAUAUUGACAGACAAAUUUGGUCAACCAAAAGGAUUUGCAUAUGUUGAGUUUGUUGAGGUUGAUGCCGUUCAGAAUGCUCUCUUGUUGAAUGAAUCAGAGUUGCAUGGCCGUCAAUUGAAGGUCUCUGCUAAGCGUACAAACGUUCCUGGAAUGAAACAGUAUCGUGGAAGAAGACCUAUGGGCUUUCGACCUAGAAUGCCUUACAUGCCUUCUCCGUUCUAUCCUCCAUAUGGUUAUGGGAGAGUUCCAAGGUAUAGGCGUCCAACGCGUUACAGGCCAUACUAGGGCCCAGUCCCAAUUUAACAGGUGCCCAUAUUUAGGAGACUUUCCUUGUUGAAAGAGACUUGAAUCUUCAUUUGAAUGCCAGAAGGCAGAAGUUAUGUCAUACCCUUUUUCCUCUCUGAAUGAAUGAUAUGGUCUCUAUAGAUAGAGGUUGACAGCAUCUUUACUAAAUUUAUAUGUUCUUGGCAUUUCAGUUAUAAAUGAAUGAUGGACAUUGGACGCCCGUUUCUGACAAUAAUUCAGUAGGUUCUUCAGAAAUUCAAAAUUAUAUUACUUGCUUCAGUGUCAGAGUGUUGGCAUUGAAUCACUGGUUUCAUUAGCAUAGCAACUUUUAAGUGCUAGCUUGUGGAUUAUUACCUCCGAGCCUAUUUAUAACUAUAAAAGCUGUUCCUUA